AUGAUCAAGAUACUCAAUAAAGCAGCGAGGGUCAUCGUUGUGACAUUGCUGCGUCCUGGUGAAUUGUUUAAAGCACAAGCUAGCAGAGAUGACAUACCCAAAACCGUGUUCAAGUUCUACUUUGUGGUGCUUGUCAGCUUCACUUUUAUCCACCUGUUGCUCAGUGGUCUGAAUAGCAAUGAGAGGCUGCAGUACCAUUAUUCCCCAGAGGCUGAUGUUUCGGUUUCAAAUACAUCCGACAGUUGGAAUUUCGGCAGCUACUACCAAUAUGGCCAAGAUAUCCCAAUUUACGUGGAUUCUAUUCUACCUAUAGGAAAUUCCUAUAAUAGGGAGCUGUCGUUUCAAAAAAUCGAUUAUUACGACCCAUUAUUCCAAUUUUCCUCCCUGUUCAACAGCAAAACGAAGGAACUGCUCUUCGAUGGAUUCGACCAUAUAGAAUCACGGUUUUCCAUGCCCAAGUCCGGGCUUUUGUCUAAACUUCAAAAGAGUACUGGCUAUUUGUACAUGCCUCCGUAUAGAGUACAAAUGAACCAUCAGCAACAGCUCUGGAAACUUGGUGAGAUUGUGUACACACCACAAGAAGCUCUUCGAAUCAACACCUUGAUCAGGAAAGGUUAUGGCUACCAGUUUUACAUCGACAAACUUCCUGUGGCGUACACCCAUUCGCAGAUGGAUAUACUGAAUAACGAUGACAGAUAUCUGUCUCGUCGAGGUAUUCCAUUAGGCUAUGUUGACGAUUACAAUAGGGUCGUUUUUAACAAUUAUCUCAGUUUUAUCAUCAAUUACACCAAAAUCCCAGAUAAUGACAAGUUGUACGAAAAACUACUGGAGUUGACCGAAAAAUUAAAUCAAGAUGAAGGACCACAACCAGAAAAAGAGAAACAGCACAAUGAGCCUUUGAUGACGGAAGAUCCUGCAUUGUAUAACUACAAAAUCAAUGCAGCCAGUGCCGCUGCUUAUUCAUCUGAAUACAGUACCAGGCAUGGUAGUUUCAAGGCCAGUUUGUUCCCACCAACAUACCUUUCGGAAACACAUAACACCACAGUUGCAUUCUAUUACACGGUCCAGUUUUCCGAGAGAGAGUCAUCCAGCAGGCAGGCCGGCUUCACAAGAAUUUACGAUCAUUUCAAUGAGAGGUUCCCAACUAUAGCAACCCAGACUCGUAACUUCAUAAUGUACAUGGUUGUUCUUUGGGUAACGAUUGCAGCAGUGACAUAUCCAUCCAAUAUAGCAAACUCGAUCAAUGCUAAACUGGUGGCGAUUAACGAUAAAACUGUUGCAGAUUAUCACCUCGUAUCUUCAAUUUUACGCAACCAUGUGACUAUCUUAGGCGCUAGUAUAGUAUUAGGGUUGAGUGCUUAUACUUGUUCAACGCUUGUCUCGACGUUAGUAUUUUGUUUGAUCUUCCCUGGUCAACCAUUUUUUUCGUUUGCUGCAUCGCUUGCAUUGUUAUCACCCAUUCUAGGUUUUGCUACAAGUGCCGCAUAUAAUUCACUGGUGGAAUUUAAAGCGCCUAGUCCAAAGCUAUCCGUCGAGGAAAAGGAGGCGGAAUCUGAACCAUAUGGACAACUUUCGAUUAGUUUCCCUGACACAUCGAGUGUGGUUCUGUGUGCAUCUGGUGUUGUUUUCUUCACCAUUUUGGUUGCAUUUUUGGUCCUUGAAGCGUUAACCAGCUCAUUCCAUGUUUUCAGGACUUUGUUUGUCAUAUUAUUAUUUACCACUACAAUUUUAAUUCCAGGAUGUCUAGUCGGGUAUUGGAUGGUCCCCUUGAGUGAGAACAAUUCCACAGACCUGCUUAGCGCAAAGACUGCAAGCAAUCGGAGCCUUCAUCGUUCAUUUUACACCAAGUUUAUUAAGUUCCCCCUGGUUGAACUUUCAUCGCAAGUUAUUAGCUUUGUUCCUUUUGCUAUACCCUUAUUCAAACUGCUCACGAUCGUGGCCUAUGGAAAGCCUUAUCCAACUCGAGAACUAAACGGAACAUUAUUGCUGUCCGUGAUUCAGAGCGCUUUGCUGGCGGCAAGUUUGGCUACUUACAGGUGUUGUUUGGUCAAGUACUAUUUCAGCGACCUGCAAGCUAAGUUUUACUUUAUUGGAGCUCCCUUUAUUUCCGUUCCUCUUGUGAACAUUUUGUACUGGGCCACGGUUACUGGUAGCUUCAAGGUUUUCAACGCUACGGGGGGCAACUACUUAGACAAUUUUGAAGGCAAUUCAUUCAUCAAUCAUGCAUUGGACAACUACAACCUCAUGUAUUUUCUACUCUUCCUAGUGGGUGUUUGUGCCGUCCAGGUGUUAUUCCAAGUUUUCAUUGGAAACAGUGUACUUUACUUUUACGAACGCCCAUACAAAAGUCGUUCUACUAUUUAUUGA